GUUCGGCACCAGCACGGGCCUAUCCUCCGAGGAGCAGCGCAAAUACCGGGAGCAGAUCCUCCGCAAACGCAACACGCAACAAACGAGCACCGAGAAGGAAAAGAAGUCGGAGACCCCCUCAGUCAUGCAGCCCGCACAGACAGACCUCGCCCCGCCUAAAGAGGAUCCCAUCACCGUCGAGCAGCUGAAGCAGUACGACGGCUCCGAUCCGUCACAGCCGAUAUACGUCGCAAUCAAGGGCACGGUAUUCGACGUAACGCGGAAGGCGGACACGUAUGGCAAGGGCAAGUCGUACAACCUCUUCGCCGGCAAGGACGCGUCCCGCGCUCUCGGCAUGUCCAGCCUCAAGGAGGAGGACGCCGUCUCGGACUACAGCACCCUUUCCGCGGCGGACCUGAAGACGCUGAACGACUGGUUCGACUUCUUCUCGAAGCGCUACAACGUCGUCGGGAAGGUCGUCGAUCUCCCGCCUCAGGGCUGUGCGUCUGCGCUAUAGCCCCGGAUGGACCCAAGAUUGCCUAUCUACCUCUGUACGAGUAUGCUCGUCCGUCGAUCCUAUCCAUUUUUUUUUGCUUCGGGGGUGCAUUCUGCC